AUGUUGUCUAUUGUCGUUAUCAUUUAUAUUUUAUUAAUUCAACAACCUUAUCAAACGAAUCAAUUAGAAACAAUUCAAACAGCUUUAGCUAGUACUGUCGAAUUACCCUGUUCAGUCGGUCAAAAUAUCGAACCGGCAAAUCCUGCAAAGAUCAUCUGGAUUCGUGAUGAUCGAGCAGAUAUUGUCAGUCUUGAUUCAGUUAUAACAGUAAGAGAUCGUCGUUUAAGUAUUCUUACAAUGGAUAGUAUUGAUCGUGAAGAACGUAUUUUACGUAUAAUUAAUGUUGAAGAACAAGAUCAAGGUUUAUAUCGUUGUGUACGUGGUGAUAUUACAUUAAAUGAAGUUUUUCUUGAUGUACUCCUACCACCAAGAAUCAUUUCUCAUUCACCGGAACAUAUGCGUAUGACAGUUCGCGAAGGUCGAAAUGGUCGAUUUUCUUGUACAGCAUCCGGUCGACCAGUACCCGUUAUUCUUUGGCAUGUCAAUGGUCUAUCGAGGCCAGCAACAGUUACAACAAUUACGGGUAAAAAUGAGAGCAUUCUUAUCUUACGUAAUAUUUCACGGUUUGAUUCGGGUCGAGUCGAUUGUUCAGCAAGUAAUACAUUGAGUACUGUCAAUCGACAAUUUCUUCUUCAUGUCAAAUAUAAACCGACAGUUACAGUUCCG